AUUCAAUAUUCAAGAGGGAUAGACAGAAAGGAAAAGGAGGUGGGGUAGCGUUACUGAUUAGAGAGGGGAUUAAUGCAAUGGAAAGGAAGGACAUUAGUUUGGAGGAUGUGGAAUCGGCCACCUAACAGUAGUAGUGAAGUUGGAGAUGGUAUCAAACAGGAAAUUAGAAAUGCGUGCGACAAACGCAAAACGGUUAUAAUGGGUGACUUCAAUCUACAUAUAGAUUGGGUGAAUCAAAUUGGCAGGGGUGCUGAGGAAGAGGAUUUCUUGGAAUGUAUGCGGGAUAGUUAUCUAAAUCAACAUGUAGAGGAACCAACGAGAGAGCAGGCCAUUUUAGACUGGGUAUUGAGUAAUGAGGAAGGGUUAGUUAGCAAUCUUGUUGUAUGUGCCCCCUUGGGCAAGAGUGACCAUAAUAUGGUUGAGUUCUUCAUUAGGAUGGAGAGUGACAUUGUUAAUUCAGAAACAAUGGUUCUGAACUUAAAGAAAGGUAACUUUGAGGGUAUGAGACGUGAAUUGGCCAAGAUUGACUGGCAAUUAAUUCUAAAAGGGUUGACGGUGGAUAUGCAAUGGAAGACAUUUAAAGACAGCAUGGAUGAACUACAAAAAUUGUUCAUCCCAGUUUGGCAAAAGAAUAAAUCAGGGAAGGUAGUACAUCCAUGGAUAACAAGGGAAAUCAGGGAUAGUAUCAAAGCGAAGGAUGAUGCGUACAAAUUAGCCAGAAAAAGCAGCAUACCGGAGGACUGGGAGAAAUUCUAAGACCAGCAGAGGAGGACAAAGGGCUUAAUUAGGAAAGGAAAAAUAGAUUAUGAAAGAAAACUGGCAGGGAACAUAAAAACUGACUGCAAACGUUUUUAUAGAUAUGUGAAAAGAAAGAGAUUAGUUAAAACAAAUGUAGGUCCCUUGCAGUCAGAAACAGGUGAGUUGAUCAUGGGGAACAAGGAUAUGGCGGACCAAUUGAAUAACUACUUUGGUUCCGUCUUCACUAAGGAAGACAUAAAUAAUUUGACGGAAAUAGCAGGGGACCGCGGGUCAAAGGAGUUGGAGGAAUUGAGUGAAAUCCAGGUUAGCCGGGAAGUGGUGUUGGGUAAAUUGAAUGGAUUAAAGGCCGAUAAAUCCCCAGGGCCAGCUAGGCUGCAUCCCAGAGUACUUAAGGAAGUAGCUCCAGAAAUAGUGGAUGCAUUAGUAAUAAUCUUUCAAAACUCUUUAGAUUCUGGAGUAGUUCCUGAAGAUUGGCGGGUAGCAAACGUAACCCCACUUUUUAAGAACGGAGGGAGAGAGAAAAUGGGGAAUUACAGACCAGUUAGUCUAACAUCGGUAGUGGGGAAACUGCUAGAGUCAGUUAUUAAAGAUGGGAUAGCAGCACAUUUGGAAAGUGGUGAAAUCAUUGGCCAAAGUCAGCAUGGAUUUACGAAAGGUAAAUCAUGUCUGACGAAUCUUAUAGAAUUUUUCGAGGAUGUAACUAGUAGCGUGGAUAGGGGAGAACCAGUGGAUGUGGUGUAUCUGGACUUCCAGAAGGCUUUCGACAAGGUCCCACAUAAGAGAUUAGUAUACAAACUUAAAGCACAAGGCAUUGGGG